CGCGGAGGGAGGGGCAGACGGCGCCGGCUGGCACAGCUCAUAUCUGCUUCUCCCCGGCUCGGGGUACUGAGUCGGCGUCGGGGAGUUGUCUUCUGCAAAGGUUGCCUGGCGUUGUACAACAUGGAGGAGGCUGCGGGCAUAACCUGCGAUCUGGACUAAACCGUGCCUGACGUUCCGGGUAGCGGUGCCCGGUCCCGAGCCCAGGGACUCUGCCACCUGCACGCCUCGCGGCGGCCCCGGCUCCGGCUGCUGCUUGGGCCGCCGGCUUCCUGACAGGGACGCAGCGCACGGAGGAAGCGCGGCGGCCCCGAGUCUCCCCGAGCCAUGGGCAAUGAGGCGAGCUUGGAAGGGGAAGGGCUCCCCGAAGGGCUGGCGGCAGCGGCGGCAGCGGCCGCCGGAGGAGGGGCUGGCGGGGCGGGGAGCCCCUUGCGCUCGGUGAUCCCGGCCGGCAUGGAGGCGGACCUGAGCCAGCUGAGCGAAGAGGAGAGGAGACAGAUCGCCGCUGUCAUGUCAAGGGCGCAGGGGCUGCCCAAGGGAAGCGUCCCCCCGGCCGCUGCGGAGCCGCCUCCCAUGCACAGGAAACAAGAGUUGGAUAGUAGUCACCCUCCAAAGCAACCGGGAAAACCGCCGGACCCUGGGCGCCCAGCUCAGCCUGGUCUCAGUAAAAGUAGAACUACAGACACUUUGAAGUCAGAGCAGAAAUUGCCUGGAAGGAGUCCUUCCACUAUUAGCUUGAAAGAAUCUAAAUCCAGAACUGAUUUUAAGGAAGAGCACAAGUCUAGUAUGAUGCCUGGCUUCCUCUCAGAGGUUAACCCCUUAAGUGCUGUCUCCUCUGUUGUAAAUAAAUUCAACCCUUUUGAUUUGAUAUCAGAUUCUGAUGUAUCCCAGGAAGAAACCGCCAAGAAACAAAAAGUAGCUCAGAAGGAACAAGGAAAACCUGAAGGAAUCGCAAAACCUCCAUCACAACAGCAGUCACCCAAGGCAGUUCCUAAGCAGCAAGGACCUGUGAGGGCACCACCUCAGCAAGACCAUGCUCCCAAAUCACUAUCUUCUCAGCAACCAGAAAAGAUUAAAUCUCAACCUCCAGGGACAGGAAAGCCAACUCAGGGGCCUACCCAGACCCCUCAGACAGACCAGGCGAAAUUGCCACUUCAAAGAGAUGCAACCAGGCCUCAGACUAAACAGUCAGACACAGUAAGGGGAGAAUCAAUCAAACCCUCACUGCAAAGCCCAUCCAAACCACCGAUUCAGCAAGUAAGUCCUGGAAAGCCUCCAGCCCAGCAGCCUGGACCUGAAAAACUUUCCACAGCACAGCCUGGACCUGCAAAGCCCUCAGCUCAGCAGCUGGGACCAGUGAAGGCCCCAGCUCAACAGCCAGGGACAGCAAAAUUAGCUCAACAGCAGACAGCAAAGCCCCCAGCCCAGCUACCAGGUACGACAAAGCCCGCAGCUCAGCAGCCUGGGGUUAAGUCCCCAGCCCAGCCCCAGCCUCAGCAGACUGCGUCAGAGAAAUCUCCAUCUCAGCAGCCUGGGCCAAAGUCUUUAGCUCAGCCUCCAGGGCCAGCAAAGACCCCAGCCCAGCAGCCAGGGACCCCCAAAUCCCUAGCUCACCAACCUGGGCCACAUCCCACAGCUCAGCCACCUGGGCCUGCAAAAACUCUAGCACAGCAGGCUGGGCUGGUGAAGUCGGGGGCUCAGCAGCCUGGGCCAGGAAAGCCUCAUCAACAGCCUGGCCCAGCAAAGCCCCCUCCUCAGCAGCCUGGCCCAGCAAAGCCCUCUUCUCAACAGCCUGGCCCAGCAAAGCCCUCUUCUCAGCAGCCUGGCCCAGCAAAGCCCUCAGCUCAGCAAUCUACAAAGCCAGGAAGCCAAACAGGAACUGGGAAGCCUGUGCAGCCACCGACUUCUCCAUCUGCAGUGCAGACUCCAGCACAAGGCCCCCCUAAGACCAUCUGUCCUCUUUGCAAUGUCACUGAACUUCUGCUGCAUGCUCCAGAAAAGGCCAAUUUUAACACAUGCACUGGGUGUCACACCACUGUCUGCAGCCUCUGUGGUUUUAAUCCCAAUCCUCAUUUAACCGAGAUAAAAGAGUGGCUCUGUUUAAACUGUCAGAUGCAGAGAGCUCUAGGAGGUGAUUUGGCUCCAGUUCCAUCAUCACCCCAGCCCAAACCGAAGGCUGCCCCAGUUACUCCUCCAUCAGCAGUGAGCAAACCAUCCCCACCGUCACAGCAGAUUUCUCCAAAGAAGGAUGCUGCACCCAAACAAGAUAUCUCAAAGGCAGCCGAGUCUAAAAAGCCCCCACCACUGGUGAAACAACCGACCCUUCAUGGUCCUCCCCCGGUCACAGCCAAGCAGCCUCCUGUGGCUGAGCCCUCAUCCAAGCCAGCCCCUCCCAAAGAGCCUUCUGCCCCAUCGGAGCAGGCCAAGGUCCCCAUGGCUGAUGAGAAACCAAAGCAGCCCAAGACAGGAAAGCCAGCAACAGACAUUGUGUUUUCAUCGUCAGUAGCAACAAAACCUGAUAAUCCAAGUUCCAAAGUACAGUCACAGGAUCAAGAGAAAACAACCCCUCCGCUAAAAACAGACUCUGCCAAACCCUCCCAAAGUUUUCCACCAACGGGAGAAAAGGUCACCCCAUUCGAUUCUAAAGUCAUACCUCGACCUGCGUCAGAUUCAAAACUUAUUUCCCAUCCUGGGCCUAGUAUGGAGAGCAAAGGUCAAAAACAAGUCGCUCCAGCUCAAAAGAGGGAAGACCCCAAGAAAGCACAAACCAAAAUGAGUCCUAAGCCAGAUGCCAAACCAAUGCCAAAAGGGUCUCCAACCCCUCCCGGCCCACGUCCCACCACUGGCCAAACUGCCCCCCCAUCUCAGCAGCCAGCAAAGCCUCAGGAGCAGUCGAGACGCUUCAGUCUGAACCUGGGAGGCAUUACUGAUGCCCCUAAAUCACAGCCCACCACUCCUCAAGAAUCUGUGACUGGGAAACUCUUUGGGUUUGGAGCCUCCAUCUUCAGCCAGGCAUCAAAUCUCAUCUCCACAGCAGGCCAGCCUGGAUCUCAUUCACAGAGUGGGCCAGCGGCCCUGACAAAACAAGCCCCUCCUCCUUCACAGCCGCCUGCUUCUCAGGGGCCCCCCAAGUCUAUGGGCCAGGCACCGUCAGCACCUGCAAAGGUUAUACCUGGGAAAAAGGAAACAAAAGCUCCGGUCGCUGAAAAAUUAGAGCCCAAGGCUGAACAAGUUUCAACAGCAAAAAGAACAGAAACAGAAAAGAAGCCCUUGCCUAUUACCAAGGAGAGCAAACUGCUAAUAGCUGAGCCUCAAAAAGCUGCCCUACCCGACAAACUGGAGAAAACCCCCAAACCGGAGUCAGCCUGUCCUCUCUGCAAAACUGAACUCAACAUAGGUUCUAAGGAUCCUCCUAACUUCAACACUUGCACUGAAUGCAAGAAUCAAGUGUGUAACCUCUGUGGAUUUAACCCUACACCACAUUUGACUGAGAUCCAAGAAUGGCUUUGUUUAAAUUGCCAAACCCAGAGAGCGAUAUCAGGACAACUUGGAGACAUGGGCAAAAUGCCACCUACAUCAUCAGGACCAAAAGCCUCUCCGAUGCCUGUCCCAACAGAACAACCAGCUCAGAAGGCAGCAAUGCCUCCUCCAGUAAAAGUGAAAAAGAAGGAACAAGAAGUAAAAACAGAAGCUGACAAAAUCAUUCCAGAAAAAGUAAAAGAAACACCUUUAAUUGAAAAAAUGCCCCCCAAGGCAACCACAGAUCAAAAACAAGAAGAGAGUAAACAAGCGAAAGACAAAGCUUUAGCCCCUCAAGAAAAAAAGCCACCCCCUGAAGACACAAAAACAUUUUCAGAAGAAAAAAAGCCAACCAGUAAAGAAAUAAAGCCAGUUCCUGAAGAAAAAAAGGCAGUUCCUGAAGAAAAAAAGCCUGCUUCUGAAGAAAAAAAGCCACUUCCUGAAGAAAAAAAGCUACCUCUUGAAAAAAAGUCAACUCCUAAAGACAAAAAACCAACCCCUGAAGACAAAAAAUUACCCCCAGGAGCAAAACCAUCAGCUCCAGAGGAGGAACUUAAAACUCAAGUACAAAUUGCUGAAGAAAAGCCUGAAGGCAGAGAGGCUCCACAGGCCGAGCAAGAAAAGAAGCAACCACAGACCCAGGUGGAAGAUAAACCAUCUGGGACCCCUCCGAGUUUGCCUGAGGAAGAUGAUAGGACAACUCAAAAAGGAAAAGAUCAGCCACAGGCAGCAGUAUGCACAGCAAAGCCCGAUCAGGUGGAACCUGGGAAAGAGAAAAUAGAAAAGGAAGAUGACAAAUCAGACACCUCAAGUUCUCAACAGCCGAAAAGCCCACAAGGUCUGAGCGACACAGGGUAUUCUUCGGACGGCAUAUCAGGUUCACUUGGUGAAAUUCCAAGUCUUAUUACAAGCGAUGAAAAGGAUUUGCUCAAGGGACUCAAAAAGGACUCUUUUUCACAAGAAAGCAGCCCUUCCAGCCCCUCAGAUUUGGCUAAGUUAGAAAGCACAGUUCUGUCCAUUUUGGAAGCCCAGGCCAGUACGCUUGUUGAAGAAAAGUCAGAAAAGAAACCACAACCUCAUGAGGUUUCUUUUGAGCAGCCUAAGGACCCACAGAAAACUCAGACUUUAACUGAAACACUGGAAACUAAAAUUUCAGAAGGGAAGUUCAAAGAGAGUCAAGCAGAAAAAGAUACUUUUAAAAAAGAUAGCCAGCAAGACCUUCCUUCCAGAAAGGACCAUAAAGAAAAGUCUGAGUUUGUUGAUGGCAUAAUGACAAGAAGACAGCCUUAUGAUUCAGUUGAAGACAGCAGUGAAAGUGAAAACUCCCCUGUUCCACAAAGAAAACGGAGAACGAGUGUUGGUUCAUCAAGCAGUGAUGAGUAUAAACAGGAAGAUAGUCAAGGAUCAGGGGAAGAGGAGGACUUCAUCCGUAAACAAAUCAUAGAAAUGAGUGCAGAUGAAGAUGCUUCAGGUUCUGAAGAUGAUGAGUUCAUUAGAAACCAGCUCAAAGAGAUCAGUAGUAGUAUUGAGAGCCAGAAAAAGGAAGAAACAAAAGGGAAAGGGAAAGUCACAGCAGGGAAACACAGGCGACUGACUCGAAAGAGUAGCACAAGCUUUGAUGAUGAUGCAGGGAGACGCCAUUCAUGGCAUGAUGAAGAUGAUGAGACAUUUGAUGAAAGCCCUGAACUUAAAUACAGAGAAACUAAAAGUCAGGAGAGUGAAGAACUGGUAGUUGCUGGAGGAGGAGGGCUACGUCGAUUUAAAACAAUCGAACUCAAUAGCACAAUAGCAGAGAAGUAUUCUGCAGAGUCAUCACAGAAAAAAUCUGCACUGUAUUUUGAUGAGGAGCCAGAAUUAGAAAUGGAAAGCCUGACAGACUCUCCAGAAGAUAGGUCAAGGGGGGAAGGAUCUUCUAGUCUUCAUGCUUCCAGCUUCACUCCUGGAACAUCCCCUACAUCCGUGUCCUCACUUGAUGAGGACAGUGACAGUAGCCCGAGUCACAAAAAAGGAGAGAGCAAACAACAACGCAAAGCUCGGCACAGAUCACAUGGUCCUCUUUUACCUACUAUUGAAGAUUCUUCAGAGGAAGAAGAACUGAGAGAGGAAGAAGAAUUAUUAAAGGAGCAAGAAAAGCAGCGGGAAUUAGAACAGCAACAAAGAAAGAGUUCUAGUAAAAAAUCAAAGAAAGACAAAGAUGAACUUCGAGCUCAGAGAAGGAGGGAAAGACCAAAGACACCACCGAGCAAUCUCUCUCCCAUUGAAGAUGCGUCUCCGACAGAAGAAUUACGUCAGGCUGCAGAAAUGGAGGAGCUCCAUCGAUCUUCGUGUUCUGAAUAUUCACCUAGCAUAGAGUCAGACCCAGAGGGUUUUGAAAUAAGCCCAGAAAAAAUAAUAGAAGUGCAAAAAGUUUAUAAAUUGCCCACAGCUGUGUCUUUAUACUCACCGACAGAUGAGCAUUCUCUUAUGCAGGAAGAAGGUAGCCAAAAGUCAUUAAAAAAUGCUGAGGAGAUGUAUGAAGAAAUGAUGCAUAAAACUCACAAAUAUAAAGCUUUUCCAGCUGCAAACGAACGAGAUGAAAUGUUUGAAAAGGAGCCUUUGUAUGGUGGGAUGUUAAUAGAGGAUUACAUUUAUGAAUCGUUAGUAGAGGACACAUACAAUGGCUCAGUAGAUGGCAGUCUGCUAACCAGGCAAGAAGACGAGAAUGGAUUUAUGCAGCAGAGAGGGAGAGAACAAAAGAUAAAACUUCCAGAACAGAUUUAUGAUGAUCCUAUGCAGAAAAUUACAGACCUCCAAAAAGAAUUUUAUGAGCUAGAAAGUUUACAUUCUGUUGUGCCUCAAGAAGACAUUGUUUCAAGUUCUUAUAUCAUCCCAGAAAGCCACGAGAUAGUGGAUCUGGGUAGUAUGGUAACUUCUACCAGUGAAGAAAAAAAAUUAUUAGAUGCUGAUGCUGCCUAUGAAGAACUUAUGAAGAGGCGACAGAUGCAGCUAACACCCGAAUCCAGUCCAACCCAGCCCCCCAUCGGGGAUGAAAUGAUAGAGUCUACUCUGGACUUUGAUAGGGCACCCGAUGCAUCUUUGACAUCAAGUAUUCUUUCAGGAGCAUCUCUUACAGAUUCAACCAGCAGUACAACACUCUCUAUCCCAGACGUUAAAAUAACCCAACAUUUUUCAACAGAGGAAAUUGAAGAUGAAUAUGUAACUGAUUACACAAGAGAAAUUCAAGAGAUAAUUGCCCAUGAAUCACUAAUUUUGACCUAUUCUGAGCCUUCCGAAAGUGCUACAUCUGUGCCACCCUCUGACACACCUUCCCUCACCUCAUCUGUUUCUUCAGUUUGUACCACAGACAGCUCCUCACCCAUCACUACCCUGGAUAGUAUAACCACAGUUUAUACAGAGCCAGUAGACAUAGUAGCUAAAUUUGAAGAUUCUGAGAUCUCUUCAUCAACAUAUUUUCCAGGCAGCAUUAUCGAUUAUCCAGAAGAAAUAAGUGCAGGUUUAGAUCAGACUACCAAACCAGACGGCAGACCUAGUGCUGAUCAUAUCAUGAUUUCCUUAUCUGAUAUGGCACCUUCUCUCUUGGAAUCUAUAGAAACUAAACCCAAGGAGCUAAUUGCUGACACUAUUUCCACUACCUUACUUAUAUCCGAGAAAGACCCAAUGAAGAAAGCCAAGAAGGAAACUGGGAAUGGGAUUGUUCUGGAAGUUUUGGAAGCUUAUAGAGAUAAAAGGAAGGAGCCUGAGGCUGAACUAACAAAAAUUAGCUUAUCUGAAACUGAUUUUGAUCAACCACCAUCUUCUGGAAUAGCCCUUCCAAAGAAGGAGCAGGUUUCAACUACAUGUAUAUCUGGAGGGGUCUUUGGUCAAGCAAAGCCUGCAUCUCAGUUACCAUUUGGCAGUCCUUCCGUUUCCUCCCUUCCAACUAAAACUCAUACAUUCUUUCCAAGUUCUCCUUUGGAGACGUCAGCUCAACCUCCUCCCCCACCUCCUCCUCCUCCUCCCCCACCACUUCCUCCACCAACCUCACCUAAACCACCUGUUCAUCCUAAAAAAAAGUUAACAGUUAUAGCUCCAGUGACUCCAACUACUACAGCUGUACCUCUGAUUGACACUGUUACUACUGUAGAGAUCACAGCUAUUCCAAGGAGUAAUGGGUUACCCACUGCACCUCCUCCUGUUCCUCCUAAGCCAUCUUCAAUUCCAUCUGGACUUGUAUUUACACAUAGACCUGAGCCAAGCAAACCUCCCAUUGCCCCUAAACCAGCAGUUCCUCAGCUUCCAGUAACAACACAAAAACCGACGGAUACACAACCCAAACCAACAGGUCUAUCUUUAACUUCAAAUAUGACAUUAAAUUUAGUCACUUCAGCAGAUUAUAAAUUACCUUCCCCUACCUCCCCACUGUCCCCUCAUUCUAACAAGUCCUCACCAAGGUUUUCCAAAUCCCUCAUGGAAACUUAUGUGGUGAUCACAUUGCCAUCCGAACCUGGGACUCCAACAGAUUCUUCAACUAGUCAAGCAAUUACCAGUUGGCCCCUGGGGUCACCCCCCAAAGACCUGAUUUCUAUUGAACCAGUGUUUUCUGUAGUCCCUCCUAUGACAACUGUAGAAAUUUCACGUUCAUCAGAACAGAGCUUGUACAUCUCAGGAGCUCUGGAGACAUUCUCUGCUAUACCUGUCACAACCCUAUCUUCAUUUCAAGUGGCCCCAACUUCAGUUACACAGUUUCUGACGAGUGAAGUUUCUAAGGCUGAGGUUUCAGCAGCCAGAAGUACAGCCCCUGGUGUCAGUCUCAGCAGCGUCUCUAUAACAAUUCCUCCAGAGCCUCUUGCUUUAGAUAACCUACAUGUAGAGAAGCAGCAGCAUAAAGAAAAUGGAAAGUUACAACUUACUGGUGAUGCCAUUGAUUUGCGUACAGUACCAAAAGUAGAAAUUAAAGUAACUGAAAAAUGCAUGGAUCUUUCAGCUUCUACGAUGGAUGUGAAAAGGCUAGCCACAACAAAGGAAGCUUAUGGGAGACAAAUCAGUGCUGUCCAACCCUCUAUUAUAAAUCUCAGUGCAACUCCAUCAGCAGUAACUCCAAUAUCCCUGGUCACUGAGACAGUAACUGCUGUCACAUGCACAGCUAGCACAAGUUACACCACGGGCACAGAAAGCCUAGUGGGUAUAGAACAUGCAACACCACCACCACUUCAGCUUACCACAUCAAAGCAUACUGAGCCCCUAUACAGGAUAACAAGUGGUCAGGCCUUUCCUACAGUUAGGCAGGAAGCACCAAUAAACUUAUCGUUAGGGACUUCAGCACAUGCAACGACACUGGCUAUGACAAAGCCUGUCACUGCACCUCCUGUUGGUGUCACAAAUGGAUGGACCGAGAGCACCACAUCCCAGGGAAUUGCAGAUGGGGAAGUAGUGGAUCUCAGUACGACAAAGUCUCACAGAACUGUUGUCACGAUGGAUGAAUCCACUUCAAGUGUGGUGACCAAAAUAAUAGAAGAUGAUGAAAAACCUGUUGAUCUGACUGCAGGAAGGAGAGCUGUGUGCUGUGAUGUGGUUUAUAAGUUACCUUUCGGAAGGAGCUGCACAGCACAGCAGCCUGCAACUACUCUUCCUGAGGAUCGUUUUGGUUAUAGGGAUGACCACUACCAGUAUGACCGGUCAGGGCCAUACGGUUAUAGAGGGAUUGGGGGAAUGAAACCUUCCAUGUCUGACACUAAUUUAGCAGAAGCUGGACAUUUUGUCUAUAAAAGUAAGAAUACUUUUGCUUAUUCUGGAGAAACUGAUGCAGCAGUAGAUCUAACUUCAGGGAGAAUUACGACAGGUGAGGUAAUGGAUUAUUCAAGCAAGACCACAGGUCCAUAUCCAGAAACACGACCAGUCAUUUCAGGAGCUGGGAUUAGUACCCCCCAGUAUUCCACAACAAGAAUGACUCCACCUCCAGGACCCCAGUAUGGUGUGGGGAGUGUGCUGAGGUCAUCCAAUGGUGUUGUCUAUUCUUCAGUGGCAACUCCAAUUCCCUCCACAUUUGCUAUCACCACACAGCCUGGCUCCAUUUUCAGCACCACCGUGAGGGAUCUGUCUGGUGUGCACACAACUGCUGCAGUGACUUCAUUAUCCGCCCUUCACCAGAGCCAGCCAAUGCCUAGAUCAUAUUUCCUAACAACAGGUGCAUCUGAAACGGACAUUGUAGUAACUGGUAUUGAUAUCAAUGCCAGUUUGCAAACUAUUACUAUGGAAACUCUUGCUGCUGAGACAAUGGACUCAGUUCCCACUUUAACCACAGCAUCUGAAGUGUUCCCUGAGGUGGGGGGAGAUGAAAGUGCUAUUUUAAUUGUCCCUGAAGAAGAUAAACAACAGCAGCAGCUCGACUUGGAGCGUGAGCUCUUGGAACUGGAGAAACUUAAGCAACAGCGUUUUGCUGAGGAAUUGGAGUGGGAACGUCAGGAAAUUCAAAGGUUCCGAGAACAAGAGAAGUUCAUGGUUCAGAAAAAGCUGGAGGAACUGCAGUCUAUGAAGCAGCACCUUCUCUAUCAGCAGGAAGAAGAGCGUCAAGCCCAGUUCAUAAUGAGGCAGGAGACAUUAGCUCAGCAGCAGUUACAGCUGGAGCAGAUCCAGCAGCUGCAGCAACAGCUUCACCAGCAGCUAGAAGAGCAAAAGAUUCGCCAGAUCUACCAAUAUAACUAUGAUCCUUCUGGAACCGCAUCUCCACAAACCACGACAGAGCAGGCAAUGCUGGAAGGUCAGUAUGCUGCCCCAGAAGGUGGUCAGUUUUGGGCGACUGAAGAUGCGACCACCACAGCCUCAGCCGUUGUGGCCAUUGAAAUACCACAAAGCCAAGGAUGGUACACAGUUCAGUCUGAUGGCGUUACUCAGUACAUUGCCCCACCUGGCAUCCUGAGUACUGUUUCAGAAAUACCGUUGACAGACGUUGUUGUAAAAGAUGAAAAAGCACCUAAAAAGAGAAGCGCUGGCGCUAAAGUCCGUGGACAGUAUGAAGAGAUAGGGGAAAGUAUGGCGGACGAUCCCCGAUGUUUUAAAAAGAUAGUUGACAGUGGCGUACAGACCGACGAUGAGGAUGCAGCAGAUCGGAGUUACACAAGUAGGAGGAGAAAGACUAAAAAGAGUGUUGAUACAAGUGUCCAAACUGAUGAUGAAGAUCAGGACGAAUGGGAUAUGCCUACGAGAUCAAGGAGAAAGGCUCGUGUGGCGAAAUACGGGGACAGCACCACAGAGGCUGAGAAGACCAAACCCCCUUCCAAGGUCUCCAGCAUAGCAGUUCAAACAGUGGCAGAGAUCUCUGUGCAAACUGAACCAGUUGGAACCAUACGAACACCUUCGAUACGUGCACGCGUGGAUGCCAAGGUAGAAAUAAUUAAACACAUUUCAGCACCUGAAAAGACUUACAAAGGGGGCAGUUUAGGAUGUCAAACAGAAGCAGAUUCAGACACACAAAGUCCUCAAUACCUGAGUGCCACAUCUCCACCCAAAGACAAGAAACGCCCAACACCUUUAGAGAUUGGUUAUUCAUCUCACCUUCGGGCAGAUUCCACACUACAGCUGGCUCCUUCCCCACCCAAAUCUCCAAAAGUCCUUUACUCACCCAUCUCACCACUUUCACCAGGCAAAGCCUUAGAAUCAGCCUUUGUACCUUAUGAGAAACCCCUCCCUGAUGAGAUAAGUCCACAGAAAGUACUGCACCCAGAUAUGGCUAAAGUCCCCCCAGCGAGCCCUAAGACAGCCAAGAUGAUGCAGCGGUCCCUGUCUGACCCCAAGCCUCUGAGUCCAACCGCAGACGAGAGUUCCAGGGCUCCUUUUCAGUAUACGGAGGGCUACACGACGAAAGGGUCUCAGACCAUGACACCCUCUGGCAUCCAGAAAAAAGUUAAGAGAACCCUGCCAAACCCACCUCCUGAGGAGACCUCUACUGGAACUCAGUCGACGUAUAACACAAUGGGCACAGUUUCCAGGAGAAGGAUCUGCAGAACCAACACCAUGGCACGAGCCAAGAUCCUCCAGGAUAUAGACCGAGAGCUUGAUCUUGUGGAGAGGGAAUCUGCAAAGCUGAGAAAGAAACAAGCAGAACUUGAUGAGGAAGAAAAGGAGAUUGAUGCCAAGUUACGGUACCUGGAAAUGGGAAUUAACAGGAGGAAAGAGGCAUUAUUAAAGGAGAGAGAAAAGAGAGAGCGAGCCUACCUCCAGGGAGUAGCCGAGGAUCGGGAUUACAUGUCUGACAGUGAGGUGAGCAGCACCAGACCAACCCGAAUAGAGAGUCAGCAUGGCGUCGAGCGACCAAGAACUGCUCCACAAACUGAAUUCAGCCAGUUUAUACCCCCGCAAACCCAAACAGAAUCUCAGCCAGUUCCCCCUACAAGUCCUUAUUCGCAAUACCAAUACUCUUCCCCUGCUCUUCCUACCCAAGCACCUACCCCGUACACCCAACAAUCCCAUUUUCAGCAACAAACUUUGUAUCAUCAGCAAGUUUCACCUUAUCAGACACAGCCAACGUUCCAAGCUGUGGCAACCAUGUCCUUCACACCUCAAGCUCAACCCGCACCGGCCCCACAAACUUCCUACCAGUUACCAUCACAGAUGAUGGUGAUACAACAAAAGCCACGGCAGACCACAUUAUAUUUGGAGCCCAAGAUAACUUCAAACUAUGAAGUGAUUCGCAACCAACCCCUAAUGAUAGCACCUGUUUCUACUGAUAGCACUUAUGCUGUUUCCCAUCUUGGUAGUAAGUACAAUACCUUAGACUUGAGAAUCGGAUUGGAGGAGAGAAGUAGCAUGGCAAGCAGUCCAAUAUCAAGCAUAUCUGCAGAUUCUUUUUAUGCAGACAUCGACCAUCAUUCUCCACGAAAUUUUGUCCUAAUUGAUGACAUUGGAGAAAUUACCAAAGGCACAGCAGCAUUAAGCACUGCGUUUAGUCUUCAUGAAAAGGACCUGUCGAAGACAGACCGUCUACUUCGAACCACUGAAACACGGAGGUCUCAAGAUGUGACAGAUUUCCUAGCGCCUUUACAGACUUCCUCUAGAUUGCAUAGUUAUGUGAAAGCAGAGGAAGAUCCAAUGGAAGAUCCUUAUGAGUUAAAGCUUCUGAAACAUCAGAUUAAACAAGAAUUCCGCAGGGGGGCUGAGAGCUUAGAUCACCUUGCUGGUCUUUCCCAUUAUUACCAUGCCGAUACUAGCUAUAGACAUUUCCCCAAAUCUGAAAAGUAUAGCAUUAGUAGACUCACACUUGAAAAACAAGCAGCAAAACAACUACCAGCAGCCAUACUUUAUCAAAAGCAGUCAAAACAUAAGAAAUCACUCAUUGACCCUAAGAUGUCAAAAUUUUCACCUAUUCAAGAAAGUAGAGACCUUGAACCUGAUUAUUCAAGCUAUAUGACCUCUAGCACUUCAUCUAUUGGUGGAAUUUCUUCCAGAGCAAGGCUUCUUCAAGACGAUAUCACUUUUGGCCUCAGAAAAAAUAUUACAGACCAACAAAAAUUUAUGGGAUCAUCUCUUGGCACAGGACUGGGCACAUUAGGAAAUACCAUACGGUCAGCUCUUCAGGAUGAAGCAGAUAAGCCAUACAGUAGUGGCAGCAGGUCCAGACCUUCUUCCAGACCUUCUUCUGUCUAUGGGCUUGAUUUGUCAAUCAAAAGAGAAUCUUCCAGCUCUUCCCUAAGACUGAAAGCUCAAGAGGCUGAAGCUCUAGAUGUUUCCUUCAGUCAUGCAUCUCCCACUGGCAGAACUAAGCCUACCAGUUUGCCAAUUAGCCAGAGUAGAGGAAGAAUACCAAUUGUGGCCCAGAAUUCUGAAGAAGAAAGUCCACUCAGUCCUGUUGGCCAGCCCAUGGGAAUGGCCAGGGCUGCAGCCGGACCCCUGCCACCAAUAUCUGCAGACACCAGGGAUCAGUUUGGAUCAAGUCACUCACUGCCUGAGGUUCAGCAACACAUGAGAGAAGAAUCACGGACACGAGGCUAUGACCGUGACAUAGCAUUCAUCAUGGAUGACUUCCAACAUGCCAUGUCAGACAGUGAAGCUUAUCACCUGCGUCGUGAAGAAACAGAUUGGUUUGACAAACCCAGGGAGUCUCGUUUGGAAAAUGGACCUGGUCUGGAUCGAAAACUGCCAGAAAGAUUGGUCCACUCUAGACCACUCAGUCAACAUCAAGAGCAAAUUAUACAGAUGAACGGGAAGACUGUGCACUACGUCUUUCCUCAUGCAAGGAUAAAAAUAACAAGAGACUCUAAAGAUCACACAGUUUCAGGUAAUGGAUUAGGAAUUAGAAUUGUGGGUGGUAAAGAAAUCCCUGGACAUAGCGGAGAAAUUGGAGCCUAUAUUGCCAAGAUUCUUCCUGGGGGAAGUGCAGAACAGACAGGAAAGCUUAUGGAAGGGAUGCAAGUAUUGGAAUGGAAUGGAGUUCCUUUAACUUCUAAAACAUAUGAAGAAGUACAGAGUAUCAUUAAUCAACAAAGUGGGGAAGCAGAAAUAUGUGUAAGACUGGACCUCAAUAUGCUCUCAGACUCUGAAAAUCCCCAGCACCUGGAACUUCAUGAACCCCCAAAAGCUGUGGAUAAGGCGAAGUCCCCAGGGGUGGAUCCGAAGCAGUUGGCGGCCGAGCUCCAGAAGGUUUCGCUACAGCAGUCCCCACUGGUCCUGUCAUCUGUCGUUGAAAAAGGAUCUCACAUCCAUUCCGGUCCUACAUCUGCAGGGUCCAGUUCUGUCCCCAGCCCCGGGCAGCCAGGGUCUCCCUUGGUGAGCAAAAAGAAACACAGCAGCAGCAAGCCUACUGAUGCAACAAAGGUGGUCUCUCAUCCAAUUACGGGGGAAAUUCAGCUUCAAAUCAACUAUGAUCUUGGCAAUCUCAUAAUACAUAUUCUCCAAGCAAGAAACCUAGUCCCUCGAGACAACAAUGGUUAUUCUGACCCCUUUGUUAAAGUAUAUCUUCUUCCUGGGCGAGGUCAAGUCAUGGUUGUCCAGAAUGCAAGUGCUGAGUACAAGAGAAGGACUAAAUAUGUUCAGAAAAGCCUUAAUCCUGAGUGGAAUCAAACAGUAAUUUAUAAAAGUAUCUCCAUGGAACAGCUCAAGAAGAAAACACUGGAGGUGACAGUCUGGGAUUAUGAUAGAUUUUCUUCCAAUGACUUUCUUGGUGAGGUAUUGAUUGAUUUAUCUAGCACAUCUCACCUCGAUAACACUCCUAGGUGGUAUCCUCUCAAAGAACAGACUGAAAGCAUUGAUCAUGGCAAGUCCCAUUCCAGUCAAAGCAGCCAGCAGUCUCCAAAGCCAUCUGUCAUCAAAAGCAGAAGCCAUGGUAUCUUCCCUGACCCAUCCAAGGACAUGCAGGUUCCCACCAUUGAGAAAUCCCAUAGUAGUCCUGGUAGCUCGAAAUCCUCAUCCGAAGGCCAUCUCCGCUCUCACGGACCAUCUCGCAGUCAAAGCAAAACCAGCGUCACUCAGACCCACUUGGAAGACGCAGGGGCUGCUAUAGCUGCUGCUGAAGCUGCCGUUCAACAACUCCGCCUUCAACCAACAGCACAUAAAAGCGGUCAGUCUAAUCAUGCCAGGAAGCAGCACAGACACAGCAUAGCAGGAGUCCUCCCCAUUCAAAGAACUCAGUCUGAUAAUCUGCCUCCACCAGCCAAUGGCAACCAAGACCAAAGCCAGCUAGCCCUCAGGAAGGUGAUGUCUGAUGGACCAGUCAAGCCAGAAGGAGCCAAGCCUACCAAUCACCGGCCUGCAGAAAGCUCCGUGUCCACCGGCUCCUCGGGCAGCAGCUUUGGCAGUGGGUAUAGCGUGGACAGUGAAGGCAGCAGCACCACUGCAGGGGAGACUAAUCUAUUUCCUAUUCCAAGGAUAGGGAAGAUGGGGCAGAAUGGACAAGAGCCCAUAAAACAGCCGGGAGUAGGAGUGGGACUAGCAGACACUGAAGUUAAAACUCAGGUAAUGGGAGAAAUCAAGAUUGCACUGAAGAAGGAGAUGAAGACAGAUGGUGAACAACUAAUAGUUGAAAUUCUGCAAUGCAGAAAUAUCACCUACAAAUUUAAAUCUCCAGAUCACCUACCAGAUUUAUAUGUAAAAAUAUACGUGAUGAACAUCUCUACCCAAAAAAAGGUGAUCAAGAAAAAAACAAGAGUGUGUAGACAUGAUCGAGAGCCUUCAUUCAAUGAAACUUUUAGAUUCAGCCUAAGUCCCACAGGACAUUCUCUUCAGAUUUUACUUUUCUCCAAUGGAGGGAAGUUUAUGAAAAAGACCUUGAUUGGUGAAGCCUGUAUCUGGCUUGACAAAGUGGAUCUCAGGAAAAGAAUAGUCAACUGGCACAAACUUUUGGUCAGUCCUACUCAAACCCAUUGAAGAAAUGUGUCUGCUCAUUAUAUAGAAACUGCUCUAAAUAAUCUCAAGUCAAGACUAUAAUUGGAUAGUAUUGUACUAAACUAUAUUUUCAGUGGUAAACAUGAGAAGAGGAAAAACAAGCGAAAACAUCCUUAAAGCCUUGUAAAUGUGUUGGUGUGGAACACAGAGAGAAACUCAAAUGAAAAAGUUUGUAUAUGUAAGAUCUAAAAAAAAAGGAGCUCUGAAACCUUGGAUUUCCUGUGGCUGUCAAGAAAAGCAGUGAGAAAAAUUUUGAUUAAUGCAAAAAUCUGUGAGCAGAGUUGAGCUAGAGCUAAAAACAAAAGCUCAAAGAUGAGUAUAGUUUCUAAUGCAGACAAAGGUAAUCCUUUGUGCAGGUAACCCUUUCAAAGGUUGAAAGGAAAGAACUGAUGUAACAAAUCUGUUUUCCAAAGUCUAAAACUCUUUCUUCAUGUGAUUGUCUCAGACAAUUUACUGUUUUGAGAUUUGCACACCUACAGACAUGCCCAGGAAUAGAAGUAAGGUAGUUGUGGUCACAGGGAAAAGGGAACUGAAAGAAAUUAUGGCUUUUAGAACAUAUUGUACAGGUUUUCUCUGUGUCUAAAUAUUACGAGGGUAAACACCACUAAUUUUGGAAUCCAUGUUGUAAAAGCACAUUUAUACAGUUUUAAAUAAUGUGGAGUGAUCAUACUAAGUAGAAAUGGAAUUACAUUCAUCUACAAAUAAAGCCAUGACUGGCUAGCAAAAAUAUAUUGCCCCACAAAAUAUUGGAAACUUGGUUGAAAACCUCAAAAUCUCCACAAUUUACUCUUAAACCAAGAUAUUUUUCAAUCUACACACCAAAGGACAUAGAUUAAAUCGGUAUGUUCUGGGAAGCAUGACAAUUUGUUCUUUGCGGAAUUCCAAAUGAAUGUAUUACCCCACAUGUUUCUGUUCUCUUGAGUGAUGUAUUUACAGAGAGAAAUUCUUCUUCUGGUAAACAAAUUCUAUUAAUAUGUGACAUGGAUUAAUUAAAUUGGUGUUAUGUCCUGCUCUUCCAUGAUGUUUUUUUUUCCUUAACACAUUAAUGAUUGUAUAAUGAAAACCCUGACACCUGAGUCAAGUUGUCUCUAGUACUCUGUUUUCCCACUUUAGUGACAAUAUCAUGGUGAUCAAGUGCGUCCAUGUUGAGAAAAUAUGUGAAAAGUCAACACUAUAGUGAGUUUAAAAUAUAAUUUGCUAUUUUUAAUAGUAUAGUAAAAGGGCCAGUGUCUAAGUCAUUAAAAUGAAGCACCCUCUUCUCCAUAAAUCAACAACAUUAACAAGAGAAGUUCAUGGAGUUGUAGGAAACACAUUCAGCUGGGUUUAAAAGCCUGGCUUUGGGUCUUGGUUCUGCCACUAACUGUGUCACCUUGCACAUGUCACUUAAACUCAUUUUCUCCGUGUUCUUAUUUGUAGGAUAAAAAUAAUUACAUAUGCCUAGCCUUCUGAUGGGAUGUUUGGAUGAUCAAACUAAGUGAUCUAUAAUAGAAAAUGAAAGCACAUUUCCAGGUAUAGUUUUAUACACAUAAGUGAGGAAUAAUUGUACAGCUUUUUAUUUUUCAAAUUUUAUAUGCAAAAAGCAGCCUCCAAACCAAUGGCACACAUUGGCAUCAAUAAAAUCAGUAUAUUAGCUCCAAAACUAAUUUUUACUUUAAAAUACAAAUUUUCAUUCAACCUGAAAAAGGUGAAGAAUUAAAUGAAAAUUAUUUGUAAAUUGCGUUAUUAUAAAUGAAAUGAAUCAUACCAAUCUUAUUCCCAUAUUCUAACCAAAAUUAAUUAAAUUGCAAUCUGAAUUUAAAAGCCACUUCUUUAUUCAAGGGUGAGGUGUUGAGUUUAGAGAAAUUAUCUCCAAGUAUAUUGUAUGAGUUGGAUUUGAGUUUUCUCAUUUUUAAAGAAAAAAAACGUUCUUUAAAUUUGAGAGGAAUUAAUUAAAUGUAAAACAUUACAAAUCAAAUAUGUUUUAAUUAAUCCCAGGUUAUAUAUGUCUUUAUUAUAUUAUUAAAAAAUGCAAAUUAACUCUUCCACAAUCUAAGAAAGUUAACAGUCACUUAUUCUUCCCUCUGUUUUCUGUUCUUCCUCCCCUGACAAUGCAGUGUCGUUUGCCAUUGACAUUUCUUUUAAAUGAACAGGCAGGGAGGGGACCACCAAAGAUUUGAUAUUGCUACGAUUUUCUUUUUAAAGACACCUAGAUCUGUUGCUGGUUGCCAUGGAUAUUUCCAGCAGAAGUUAGCACUUUAGGAAGCUUAGAAUCAUCACUCAUAAGCAGGGGGGAAAAAAGGGUUUAGAAGAUCUUCUGACAUUAAAAGGCUCUGCUAUUUUCCCUUAAAAGGAAACCCUGACUCGCCGUAGGUCCUCUUCUGCAGCCACUUCCAUCCAGAGUUGUGCAUGAGACGUAGUAUGACCAGUUAGUUUAGUUUAUUCCGUUUGCAGUUUCUUUUAAAAUAAUACAAGUGGAGGUGCCACCCAAACACAGAUCAUCCCUCGGUAGCUAUUUGACCUGACAGAGUAGCAGUCUUUCCAUUAUCGGUGCCCCUCUGUUCCAAGGAACGAGUGGUGAGGCCAGGUCAGUCAAGAGAGCGAACAACAGGGCUUCUUUUUGUGCACCAGCAUCCCCCUUCAGAAAGCGUAAGAUCCUGCCAAAGUGUGCCAAGUGUGCAGCUAACCAAACUCCUAGGUCGUACUGGAAUUAUUCUAUGCAACACUGAUCCUUAUACGAAUGCACUUCCUCUGAAUGAUGUUGAUUACCCUUCUUACAACAAAAGUGUUGCUUUUUUAAUGGCAAAUAGGGCUCUUGGUGUUUUUUUACUUUUUUGUAUAUAUCACAGCACCUGAUUUUUCACUUUUUAUUUGAUUUUUAUUUUAUUGGAGUUACCUUUUUUUUAAUCCUAAUAGUGACAAAGUUUGUAAUUUCUAAGUAACAUGUGAUUAGUCCAGUUACAUCACUUAUACCUUGAAAAGCAUAUUAAUUUUUUCCAGUUUCAUUUAGUCAUCAAAGACUGAAGUUGCUUCUUGGUUUAAAACUUGGUCCUGAAAAAACUUUUAGCUGUAGAAGCAAAAGCACAUAGUGAAUUUUUACAAAAAACCAGAGAUUUACAGAAUGGUCAUCACAGACACAGAUAACGCUAAUUAUAAGAAGUUUGUGUUUUCCCUGUUUUUACUUAAGAUUAAGGAGAUUGUUGGUGACUCUGAACUCUUUAUUUACCAUUUCAGUUUAAAAGAACAGUAUCCAAGACUAAGGGGCAGUGAUUGUCUUUGCUCCUUAAUAAUAUUGUCCAUAUUGCAAUUAAUCACACUAAUAAAUGCAGAUUUUCAGCAUAUCAGUGGAAUUAAUUUUGUGGAUCACACUCAUUGAAAUAGUCAUAUUGUGGGACUAUUAUAGCUGGUAACCAGCUGAUAUUGAUUCUUAUUAUACGAACGGUUGUGACAAUAGUGGUGAUAGCAGUAGUGACACUAGAUUGGUGGUGAUGUGAAGUAAAUUAAAAUUUAGCAAAUAUACUAUAUUGUGCCCAAUUUAUUAGAAAUUAUUUCAUCAAUGUUUUAUUUCAUUAAGAUAUCAUAAAGAUGUUUAUAGUAUUUUUUUACUUUAUUAUUUAAAUCAUAACUAAUGAUAUUUUUAAAAACUUAUUUUCAUUGCUACAAUGUCUAAUAUUCCAAAAGCAGCCGACUACAACUAUAUAUGUUUAUAACUCUAAGUGUGACAGAGUGAUUUUUCCUCUUUUUGAACUUGAGAUGAAAGUGAAAGAAAGCUCAAUGAAUAAUUAUGAGCUGUCUCUUUAAUAAUUACUUGCCUUUGAUGUAAUACAAGAAUGAAUGAGUGAAAUAGAUUUUCUCAUUGAAUAUGACACAUUGAUGUUUUCUGUAUAUUCCAUGUUGUUGUUAUUUAUAAAGAUACCCAUUAAAUCAAAAUCAUUUAAUCAAAUGGUUCCUUAUCUGAUAGGUAGAUUGAGAGCAUUUUCUUAACCUGUUACCCUGUAUAUAACGAUACAUUUGGUAAAAUAGACAAAGUUGAAUUAUUAAUUUCAUUUGGCAUUCAGCAUGUGAAUAUUGUUUGAUUGUGUCUAUAUAUUUGUUGGUGAUGUGCCCAGGUGCUCCUACUACCGAUUAAUGUGUGUGCUGAUAUCCUAACAAAAACACAUCUGAUGUUAAAGGAAAAAAAAUUUCUUGUCUAAAAAACAUGAAAACCUAAUAAAAUUAAUUUCGAAAUAAAAAAUAAAGUACUUGGAGAUACGUCUUGUUUCUAACUAUAUGUUGCAUGCCGUGUUGGUGAUUUGCUAAUGUAUUCUUUUUUUCUGUUCUACCCAAAUCUCUCUGGAUAAUCUAAUGAACAAAUACAAAUUCUUGGGCUAAAGGUUGAAAAAUUGAACUGAAAUACAUGAGAAUUGUAUUUUAAAAUGCUUGUAAAUCUGUCUUGAGUUUUACUCUAUGUAAAAAUAUGUCUUGGUUUUGUGAUUAUAUACAAGAUGUACCUUGAUCACUUAUGCAAAUUGUGCUGUUUAAAGGCUGUUGCCUCGGCCUUACAAAUAAAUAUUGAAAAUAUCAACUUUGA